UGUUUUGAUGCGUCUUCUAACCCAACGUGACAUCGUCGUCGUCAUCAAAUCAGUUUUCCUUUCCCUUCUUGAUUCAUCAAACCCAUCGGAUUGAUUAAUUAUUUAUUUUUGGUGGGUAUCAAAGCUUAAGAUCCGUGAGAAAGUUAAAGCUGAAAAAAAAAAUUCAGAGAAAUUCGAUUUGUUUUUCAUGGUUUUUUGGUUAUUAAUUGAUUGAUUCGGAAAAAUCGGAGCGGAAAGAUGUUGGAGAAGAUCGGGCUGCCGCCGAAGCCGUCACUGAGAGGGAAUACUUGGGUGGUUGACGCCUCACACUGCCAGGGGUGUUCUUCUCAGUUCACCUUCAUCAAUCGCAAGCAUCAUUGUAGGAGGUGUGGUGGCUUGUUUUGCAACAGUUGCACCCAGCAAAGAAUGCUCUUACGUGGGCAAGGUGAUUCGCCUGUGCGUAUAUGUGACCCUUGUAAAAAGCUAGAAGAAGCAGCACGCAUUGAGAGAUAUGGACACAAGAGUAGAGCUGGGAGAGGCAGUUCAAAGUUGACAUCAAAUCAUGAGGAUGAAGUUUUGGACGAGAUUCUUGGUAGUGACGGAAAGGAAUUAGGACAAGAGUCAAAUAGUAAUGUGGUUUCCAGUAUGCAGAGAGCCGCUAGUAGUGCAUCAUGUUCAAAUGGUCAACAAAAUUCCAGCCACGAGGGGGUGGGAGAAAUACAUAGAAGUCUUUCUGUUGAUGAGCCUAAUUUACAGAGUGGUGGUGGAUCUGCUUCUCCUGAGGAAUUGCGUCAGCAAGCUUUGGAUGAGAAAAAGAAGUAUAAAGUUCUUAAAGGAGAAGGGAAGUCUGCGGAAGCAUUAAGAGCCUUUAAGAGAGGGAAGGAGCUUGAGAGGCAGGCUGACGCAUUGGAAAUAUCUUUGAGAAAAGAGCGUAGAAAGGUUUUACUCUCUGCCAAUGUGGUGGAGAGCCAGAUUAAAGAUGGGCCUUCUGAAUCUGGAAGAAGAAAUAAGGUCACUCCUUCAGUGGGUAAAGAAAAAGAUGAUCUUUCUGCUGAGCUUAAAGAACUAGGAUGGUCCGAUAUGGAUCUCCUUGAUGAAAACAAAAAGCAAGCAAGUCUGAGUUUGGAGGGUGAACUUUCUUCUCUUUUGGGAGAGGCCUCACAAAAGACCAAUAAAAACAAAGGUACUAGGGCCAUUGACAAAGCCCAGGUUGUUGCACUUAAAAAGAAGGCUCUCAUGCUGAAGCGUGAUGGGAAACUUACAGAAGCUAAGGAGGAACUGAAAAGAGCUAAAAUCCUAGAGAAGGAACUCGAGGAACAGGAAUUCUUGGCUGAGGCUGAAGAAUCUGAUGAUGAAAUAUCUGUGUUGAUUCGUGGUAUGGAUGAUGACAAACAGGAAGAAUUUUCAAUUCAGUAUGAGCAGGAGGAUGGCUUUAAUUUUGAUCAUCUUAUUAGUGCUUCUGAUGAUCUGGAUGGUCAUUUCGAAGUGACAGAUGAGGAUAUGGAGGACCCAGAAAUAGCUGCUGCUUUACAAUCUUUAGGAUGGUCUCAAGAUUCUAAUAAUGCGGAAACUUCUCCCCAGAUUGCUGCCGUUGACAGGGAAGCUCUAUUAAGCGAAAUUCAAUCAUUAAAAAGAGAGGCAGUUAAUCAUAAACGGGCAGGUAAUGUUCAAGAGGCAAUGGCGCAGCUACAGAGGGCAAAACUACUUGAAAGGGACCUUGAAAGCCUUGAGUCUGAAGAGGGAAAUGUUGCAAAUGAUCGUGCGACAAUGCAUAAACAAACUGCUGAUAAAUCGUCCAAGUCAUUUAUGGUGUAUGAUGGAAAUAUUAGUGCAAUGGAACGUACGGACUCCAAACCUGCAAGGAAGAGUAAAUUAAUGAUUCAGAAAGAGCUUCUGGGCUUGAAAAAGAAAGCCCUUUCUCUGAGAAGGGAAGGACGAUUAAAUGAGGCUGACGAAGAAUUGAAGAAGGGCAGGGUUCUUGAACAGCAGCUUGAAGAGCUAGAGAAUGGUUCUGUACAGAAGGCAAUGCCUGGGACUGUUGGCAAUAAAGUCCCAGAUUUGGCACAUGAGCUUCCCAAUGUCUCUGAAAGUCUGCCAGUUGCAGACGAGGAAGGAGAAAAUGUAACAGAUCAAGAUAUGCAUGAUCCAGCAUAUCUUUCUAUGCUAAAGAAUUUGGGUUGGAAUGAUGACGAUAAUGAAGGGACCAACUCGUCGUUGGAACCUUCUAAGCAAACGGAUAUUCUCUCCAUGAAGGUCAGUGCACCCUCUGCAACUCAAGCCCCGGCUAAUGUCCCAGCUGGAGGAUCAAGGAGAAGCAAAGCUGAGAUUCAGAGGGAACUCUUAGGGUUGAAAAGGAAAGCUCUUGCUCUGAGGCGCCAGGGAGAGACCGAGGAUGCAGAAGAACUGCUAAAAAAGGCGAAAGCACUAGAGGGCCAGAUGAUGGAGAUGGAAGCACCCAAGGAAGUUAUCACUGAACCUCCUCCUAAUAGUGUUGAGGAGGAAGGAGAGGGAGGUAAUGUAACAGGAAAUAGUAUGCAGGACCCAGCACUUUUCUCAGAGGGGACUUCCUUUUCCAAACCAGCCGUUUCUGCACCAAGAAAUAAGGGUGCAAUCCAAAGGGAACUUCUGGAUUUAAAAAGAAAGGCUCUUGUCUUUAGACGGAAGGGAGAAACCAAAGAAGCUGAGGAAGUUUUGAGAAUGGCAAAAGUGCUAGAGAUUCAAAUUGAAGAGAUGGAAGCCCCAAAGGAUUUGAGUCUGCAUGAUGAUUCAAAGGAAGAGAAAUCUGAUAAUUUCGGAUCACUGAUUAACACUGAAAAGCCAGGGAAGUUGAAGCAUGAUACAGAUGUUAGAAGGUUUACUGAGGUGGCAAUGGGUCCAAUUGACGGAGUAGUUAAGUUGUCAGCAAGGAAUUCUGAGUCUGUUCCUCUAACCUCACAGUUAGCUAAGGGAAACGAACCAUUACCAGUGGAAUUGGGUGCUUCGGGUGAAAAUUAUUUUCCAGACGACCAAAGAGUAGCCAAAGGCGUUAAUCAGAUUUCUGCGCCUGUCCAAUCUGGAAACUUAGUGGAUUUGUUGGCGGGGGAUGACUGGAGAAGUUCUCAAAGGCCUGCUGAAAAACCUGCUGAAAAGCAAGAUGAUGGCCUAAAAUUUGAUUCUGUUGGUUCCCUUACUGCCAGUCCUCCUGUUCAGUUGGGAUCCCAGACAUGUUCGAAUGUAAAUCUGGGAAGCCAAAACAAUAAAUUUGAUAAACAGGAAGAUAAGCGAGAUGUUAAUGAAGCAAAUUCGGUUCAGGAAUCUGCUUCUCAGAGCAACCAUAGUGCCAUUCAGCAAGAAAUCCUGGGUUUUAAGAGGAGAGCAUUAGCUUUAAAGAGAGAAGGGAAACUGACCGAAGCUCGCGAGGAACUAAGGCAGGCAAAGUUAUUGGAGAAGCGUCUUGAUGAAGGUAGUCCUCAGUCCAAAACUACUUCAAGUGAGGCCAGAGGCAACCCCAACCAUUUACAGUCACGAGACAUCCCAUCUUCUAGCCAAAAGCAUCACGGUUCACCAUCCUCGGACCCAAAACCUUUGUCCAGUCGUGAUCGCUUCAAGUUGCAACAGGAGUCUCUUGGCCACAAACGUCAGGCCAUGAAGUUGCGUAGGGAGGGUCGGAUGGAAGAAGCAGAAGCCGAGUUUGAAUUAGCAAAGGCACUAGAGAAUCAGUUGGAGGCGUCAGCUGCUCAUGAUUCCACAACCGUUGACAAAGUAGAAUCAGUGGAUGAUAUCUCUGUUGAGGGUCUUCUUGAUCCUCAACUACUGGCUGCCUUGAAAGAAAUUGGGAUUGAAAGUGGUAGUAAUUUAUCUCAAGGCACGGAAAGACCAGAGCCUUCAAAAGUUAAUGUUGGUAAGAGCAAUAACAUAAUCCAAGAUAGAAGUCAGCUGGAAGAACAGAUCAAAGCUGAGAAGGUAAAGGCGGUAAAUUUGAAACGUGCUGGAAAACAAGCCGAGGCCUUGGAUGCUCUUCGAAAGGCCAAGCUACUCGAAAAGAAGCUCAAUUCUCCCUCUUCGAAGUGAACAAAAUAAAAACCAUCACCUUGGUAAGUUGGAAGAUGAAGAUAUUAUAUUGCUUACGAGCUAUGGAACUUGAUAGCUCUGUAAAUGUUGUUGGUACGCAGAAUUGGCCACAAAGCAGGAUGCAUGAGACAUGUUUCGUUAUGCUAGUUUGGACUCACUGGAUGGGAACCGAAAAUGUAUCAUCUGUGUUGUAAAGGCACCUUUCCUGCCUGCUUAAUUUCUUUAUUUUUGCCUUCUGUAUGAGUUAUCUCUGGAAGUUGUAGGAGGGUGAGGUUGACGAACGCUUUAGCUGAUCUUUUAGGUCAUGACAAAAUUGCUCGAGCAGGAUCAUCUUAUUUAUUCCAUCAAAAAAAAAAAAAAAAGAAAAAGAAAAAGAGGAUCAUCUUAUUUAUGUGUGGAAUUUGAGAAGCGACUGUAGCUAUUGGGCUUAUUAUA